UAACCUAACUUAUUUAUCUUUAUUUUUGGUCUGAGCAUUGCCUGCAUGUGAUAAUUAUAGCCAUGGCUACAGAACGUAUUCAGUUGAAAAAUAUUCAAUCUUUUAUGGAACUGACGGCGGAGGAUCAGGAGCGCUGCAAUGCUUUGUUUAAGAACGAGCCGCUCGAGAGCAAGCACAUCAUGAACAAAUAUGUGAAGCGCACCGCACAGAUAAUGAAGCGGGCCCGACCGGAUCCUGUGGACAACGAGUGCUUCCUCUGCUUCGAUAUCUAUCCGUUGAAUUUCAAGUACAGCACCGUCCUGUGCUGCCUGUGCGGCGUCAUGCAUCAGUUCUACUAUGUGUUGUACAUGAAUGUGAUUGAGGAUACAAAAAUGGAGCAUCUGAGCCAGUUCAUGUGCGAUCUGUUGGCCAAUCUCAUAUCGGCAGAGAUUCCGCUGCUGACCAGUUUCAAGCUCAAGUUUGUUCUGUGUCGCGACAAUCCUAUCAACAAAAACGUACUCAAAAUCUUUUCCGAAUCGGAGAUCACGUCCAAGAUAUACACCACAUAUCCAUUUAUACGCGAGACCAAUGUGCUGCGACAGUCACAGAUACACAAUCCGUACGUUCAGCUGGCCUGGCUCGAGAUUAUGCAGGGCAACAUCCAGCAGAGUAACAUCAACGAAAUUUUUCAAAAACACCGAGACGUGGCCAAUGCCAAGGAGGAUCCAGUGCUUAAACUCUUCGUUGAAGACUUUCACAACUUGGCCAAGGAUCUGUUGCAGUCGCGGUUUCUGGUCAACUUACGCCUCUGCACCAUGGAGCGUUUAGAUCUGUUCGAGCAGGUGAUACGGGCCCACCUGAAGACCUACAAAGAUCGUGCAACCACCCGUUUAUUUCUGUUCGAGCUGUUGAGAGCUCUGCUGCACAUCUACGAUCUCUAAGCAUUGGCAGUCGGACACUGAUUUUGUCAACAUUCGGCUAGCGAUUCAAAUUGUUCGUAAAAAGAAACACACAAAGAAAUAAAUAAAUAU